AGCAAGGACAAACAUUACGUAAACAGGAAAAAUAUUCUAUAUUCUUAUUAUAUUUUGGUGGUGAAAUGAAAGCUCUCUAGUCUCCACAAUCGAAUUCAAAGCAGCACAAAGUUUAGAUUAAGUCAAUUUUUAUUUAGAAGGGAGAAAAUUCCACGUCGGCAGGCAGUUAAAAAUGGUAACAAAUUGAGAGCAUCAAACCUCACCUCAGUUUCUCACACUACUCACGUCACAUCACACAGCAGGAACGUGAGAGAGUAUGCGUUCCGCGUUCGUAACAGAUUUGCCUCGAAUCUCGAUUUUUCAACUUGCACACUUCUUUCGUCACUAUUGUUACUAUCUUUAGCUUAGCUUCUUCCAUUUUCAUUCGUUUUCAUUUCCAUGCACUCUUAGAACUCUAACUCCUCUCUCUCUCUCUCUCUCUCUCUCUCUCUCCACCGAACGCGAUGAUGACGUCAGCUACGACAUCUUCAUUCUCGCCGGAGACUGUUUCCAACGGCAACGACGCGCCUCUUCGCUGUCGGUGAUUCCGCCGCCGAAAUGUGGCCGGAGGCUAAAGUCCUCCACCUCCGGCGAGCACUCGCCGUUGCGCUCCUCUUCGCCACUGUUUCUCUCUCAUGCUUGGUUCUCAUCAGAGAUGUCGAAUCCUACCAUUUCUUCUCCUCUUAUCCUCUGUCUAGUUUUCCGAGCAUUUUUCCGUCGGCGUCCACGGAUCCCGUGGCGACAAAGAAUGAAUAUCCACUUGGAAAGAUCCUCAAUGAUGCGGCAAUGAAGGACAAAACGGUUAUCUUGACCACGUUAAAUGAAGCAUGGGCAGCUCCAAAUUCACUCGUUGAUCUUUUCCUUGAGAGCUUUAAAAUAGGAGACCGUACCCGUAGGCUUUUAAACCAUUUGGUUAUCAUUGCAUUGGAUCAAAAGGCGUUUGCACGCUGUCAAGCUAUACACUCCCAUUGCUUUUCUCUUGAUACCGAAGCUGACUUUCAUGAAGAAGCAUUCUUUAUGACUCCUAAAUACCUGAAGAUGAUGUGGAGAAGGAUCGAUUUUCUCCGCUCUGUUCUUGAAAUGGGGUACAAUUUUGUGUUCACGGACGUUGAUGUCAUGUGGUUUAGAGACCCUUUCCCAAGGUUUCACCUUGAUGCAGACUUCCAGGUAGCGUGUGAUCAUUUCACAGGUACCUUCGAUGAUGUACAGAACAGACCCAAUGGAGGGUUCAACUUUGUAAGGUCCAAUAAUAGGUCAAUAGAGUUUUACAAAUUCUGGUACUCGUCACGGACAACCUAUCCUGGAUACCAUGACCAAGAUGUCCUCAAUUUCAUCAAAGUUCACCCAUUCAUUUCUGAUAUCGGACUAAAGAUGAAAUUCUUAGAUACAACUAAUUUUGGUGGCCUUUGUGAACCAAGUAGGGAUCUAAAUCAAGUUUGUACAAUGCACGCAAAUUGUUGCAUUGGUAUGGAAAACAAGCUUUACGAUCUCAGAAUUAUGCUUCAGGAUUGGAAACAUUAUUUGUCUUUGCCUCCAAGUUUGAAGAGAUUGUCGGUUGUUUCCUGGAGGGCUCCUCAGAAAUGCAGCAUUGAAGCUAUCUUCAAACUCAAUGGUACACCAGAGAAGAAUGUUCAAGGUUGAAGUGCAUCAGUUCGAUUGCAUGCGUUACAUUUCUCACGUGUACAGGUGGAAGUUCAGAGUUCUCAAGGAUUAAAGGUUAGAUAUAGGUAUGAGUAGGAAAAAUCAGUUUUGCUAGAACUCUUUAAGUGAAGUAUCACUCCAACUAAAAGCAUAUAGGCAAUAUGAAAGUUGCAACAUGCUGUUCAAUUCAUUGAUUGGACGUGUUUCCAGGUGGGAAAUUUCUGUGCUUAACGCAAUCUUGUGCACGUGUUUAACUAGUUUCCCCUAUCUCCGAGAAACCCAAGCGACCUCUAAUUCUCAAACUACUUUCUUCUUUUUAAAUCAAGUGUCUUUUUUACUUUUGGAAAAAUCACACUUAUUUUGAGAAAUUGGAAAUGAGAAAGUCUAGUCUAGGGGGCCAUAUUAGAGUUGGAGAAGAUGAUGUCGGUUACAGAUUCCCGUGUUUUCCCCCUUCCCUCCGUUUUCUUCUCCCAUCUGCCUUGAACCUUUUCCCCUGCUUCCGUUCCUUUGCUUUGUAACUCUAGUUACUACUUACUAAUCUUGCUGUUAAUGAUCCAGUCAAUCGUUUAGGCCAAAUUGAAUUGGCCUUUAAACCCUGGCGCUCCUGGAGGGAUAAUAUUUAUCAGGAAACCAACUAAAAAUGUGUUUCGAAGAAAAGAUAUCGGGACUGACUGACUAGGUUUUUGUUAGACAGGGUUGGAAAGGAGGUUGAGAUCGAGACAUAUUGGGAUACAGAU